UAGCCGAGUUAGAACGGUUGAACCCACGGGUUUACCGGUUAGGCCAAUUGAAUUGCUUCCGGGGCCAUGUCCGGUUGACGCUUUUCGAUUUGAUCUUUCGGACACUGCCCUCUGCAAAACACGCCAGAUUUGAUCUUUCCUACUGCUCUCUGCAAAACACGCACGCGAACGUAGAGAAGGCGAAAAGAUGGCGAGGCCCAAGAUUGUGUUGUUUGGGGAUUCUAUAACCCAGCGAUCUUUCGAACCAGGAGGUUGGGGCGCCGCUCUUACCAACACUUUCUCCCGCAAGGCUGAUGUGAUUGUACGUGGAUAUGGUGGAUAUAACACCAAAUUGGCUCUGUUUCUUCUCGAUGAGACAUUCCCCACUAACUGCACCAAGCCACCUGUAGCUGUGACGGUUUUCUUUGGAGCAAAUGAUGCUGCCCUUCUAGGAAGGAACAAUGAACAACAACAUGUGCCUAUUGCACAGUACAAGGAAAAUCUUUUGAAGAUAGUUUACCACAUAAAGGAAUCCAUUCCCGCAGUCUUAGUGGUGCUGAUAACUCCUCCCCCAGUUGAUGAGGUUGGGCGAAUCGAAUAUGCACGAUCGUUAUAUGGAGAGAAUGCCAAGCCACCUGAGAGGACUAAUGAGAUGGCAGGCAUGUAUGCUAAGACGUGCAUGGAAGUUGCUGCUGAGCUAAAUGUGCCUUCCAUCAAUCUAUGGUCCAAGAUGCAAGAAACACCAGACUGGCAAAAGUAUUUGUGUGAUGGGUUGCACCUUACUGAAGAAGGCAAUGCAGUUGUUCACGGAGAGGUUGUAAAGGUGUUAGCAUCAGGCGGUCUGCAUGCACCUGGAAUGCCCUAUGAUUUCCCACAUCAUUCUCAAAUUGAUUUUGAGAAGCCUGAGGAGGCUUUUAAGAAGCAGCGGUGAACGUAAGGUUCCCAUGUCCAUUUUAGUAUUAUUUUUCUUUUGUGGAGCUUUUGUUUAUUGGUUUUCAUCUAGAUUGAGGCUGUGUGCUUCUUCAUAUUCAUGACCAAUUCCAAUUUGGAGGUAAAAGGCCAAAAACAAAUUAUUCUAUUUUAUUUUUUAUUUUUUGUUUUUGAGCUAAAAUUUGAUUAUGGGAGCGGUUCAUUUGAAUGCUGCCCUUAUCCCUUUGUUUAUUAUGGUUCUACAGGCUUUAAGCUUUAUUUAUUUUAGAAA